AUGAUCGAUUUCGAGCCGUUGAAAUUCGACCCGCCGUCAGGCCCCGUCACAGGAGCGCUCGCGUCUCACAAGCUUGCUGCGCGAGCCGUGGCGAGAUUGAAAUCUCUCCCCGUCGGCGACGUGCGGUUGCUGUGUAACACCGUCGUGGAGGAGAUUGGCGAAAUGACUGGUUACGACCGCAUCAUGGUGUACAAGUUUCACGAAGACGAGCACGGCGAAGUGCUGGCGGAGUUUCUCAACAACCAGAAGAUCGAAUCGCUAACAGGCUUGCAGGAGGGAAAGAACCUGCCUUUUCCCGUCCGUGAUGGAAGAGACAGGGCACUGCAGGGAAGGGAACUCCCUGACCGGUUCCGCUCCUGGAUGGCGCGCCGCACGUUCAUGGAGAACAGGGUGCGCAUGAUAGUGGACAGCAAGGCGGCAGGGGUGGACGUGUUGCACCAGGGCGCGCUGCCGGGGGGGCUGUCUCUGGCGCACAGCACGGUGCGCAUGGUGCGGUCGUGCCACCGCGAGUACAUGGCCAACAUGGGCACCCUCGCGUCUCUCGUGCUAGCCAUCACCGUCAGCACCGGCACGGUGCGCAUGGUGCAAUCAUCGUGCCACCGCGGGUACAUGGCCAACAUGGGCACGCUCGCGUCUCUCGUGCUAGCCAUCACCGUCAGCACGGGGGAAGCAGGGGCGGCAGCAGCUGCAGCAGCGGCGCCACCCAAUGACGUCGCUGGGGCUGGGAAGGCGGUUCGGGCCGAGCCUGGGCGGCGGCUAUGGGGGCUGGUGGUGUGCCAUCACUGCUCGCCGUGCAUGGUGCCCUACCCCACUCGCUCCGCCUGCGAGUUUCUUGUGCAGGUGACCCCCUGGUCUUCACCUUGGCUAUCAUUAGAUUCCUUAGCUACUGCCUUCCCCCGCUUGCUUGUCUCCUCUACGGUCCCCUCCCAGCCCUUCCACCCCAACCCUUCCACGCCCAACCUUGGCUGGUGGUGUGUCACCACUGCUCGCCCUGCAUGGUGCCCUACCCCACCCGCUCCGCCUGCGAAUUCGUCGUCCAGGUUCGCCCCUUCCAUCCUGCUUGUCUCCUCCUUUUCCACCUUCCACCCCCAACCCGUCCACUCCCACCCCUUCUAUCCCCAACGCUGGUGUCACCACUGCUCGCCCUGCAUGGUGCCCUACCCCGUCCUCUCUGCCUGCAAGUUCCUCGUCCAGGUGAUGACACCCUUUUUGUCCUGCUUGGCCCCCUCCUUUCCCCUCCCUUCUCUCUCUCCCCUCCUCUCUUUCUGCCGUGUACCUCGCUUACUCUCGUCUUCCCUCCUCAUUCUCUCCAUCCUUUCUCCACCUUUCUCUCCCCACCCCGUCCCUUCCCACCCCGUCCCUUCCCACCCCGUCCCUUCCCACCCCGUCCCUUCCCACCCCGUCACUCCCAACCCCUUCCCUUCUCACGCCGUCACUUCCAACCCCUUCCCUUCCCACCUCGUGUUUGCGGUGUUUGCGGUACAGCUGAGCAAGGAAAUGGACCUGGCGAAUCAGCUCAAAGCAAAGCACGCGCUGAAGAUGCAGACGCUGCUGUGCGACAUGCUCAUGCGCGAGCCGCCCGUUGCCCUCGUCACCAAGACACCCAACAUCAGCGACCUUGUUCACUGUGAUGGGGCAGCUUUAUUGUACAACGGGCGGUGCUGGCGACUAGGGUCCACACCGUCUGAGCCUCAGACACCCAACAUCAACGACCUCGUGCACUGCGACGGUGCUGCUCUGCUGUACAAUGGGCGUUGUUGCAGACUGGGGUCCACUCCCUCUGAGCCCCAGAGCCCCCUGGCACCCUCGUCACCAAGAACGCCCAACUUCGGCGAGCGCUGUUGGUGCCCUGUGGGGACUCAGACGUCCCUGCCACCGGCGCCAGGUGCUGGACACUGCCGAGUGGCUGCCCUGCUGCUGACCUUUGAGUCGGCCCAGAGGUCACGGCGUGUCUCCACCACCCACUCGCGCUCUCCCACUCCAUGCCUCCGUUUCUCCCCACUCACUCACUGCCAAUCGUCGCCAGUGCGCUCACUGCAAUGCCAUGCCACCACCACGUGCUCAGCAUCACAGAGGAGUGGCUGCUGGCGCACCACAGCCACUCACCACCCAUGUGCUAAGGCGUCCAUGGCACACGCACGCUAUCCCAUUAUUGUUUCCAUGCCUUCCCCGCCCACUCACAUGCCAUGCCACAACCAGGUGCUGAACAUAGCAGAGUGGCUGCUGACCCACCACAGCGACUCCACAGGGUUCAGCACCGACUCGCUGCUCAACGCCGGCUACCCCCACGCGUCUGACUUGGGCGAGGAGGUGUGCGGGCUCAUAGCCGUCAAGUUCAGCGAUAAAGACUUCCUCAUGUGGUUCCGGGCGCAUGCAGCGAAGGAGGUGAAGUGGGGAGGGGAGAAGCACGAUCCGCUAGACGUGGACGACCCCACACGCAUGCACCCUCGCACCUCCUUCAAGGCCUUCCUCGAGACGGUGCACAUGCGCUCUCAGCCCUGGGAGGAUGUUGAAAUGGACGCCGUUCACAGCCUGCAGUUGAUCCUUCGGUCCGCGCUGCAGGAGCAUGACGAGGUGAAGCGGCGGCAGCUGAUGCUAGCACAGGUGGCGGAGCUGCAGCUGCAGAGCAUGGGGGAGAUCAACCAGACGGAGCAUGACGAGGUGAAGCGGAGGCAGCUGAUGCUAGCACAGGUGGCGGAGCUGCGGCUGCAGAGCAUGGGAGAGACGAGAUCAACCAGGUGGCCAAUGAGACCGUGCCCCGUGCUUAUUACUGAGCAUGACGAGGUGAAGAGGAGGCAGUUGAUGCUGGCGAGAGUGGCAGAGCUGAGGCUGCAGAGCAUGGACGAGAUGAACCAGGUAAAGCGGCGACAAUUGAUGCUAGUGCGAGUGGCGGAGCUGCGGUUGCAGAGCAUGGACGAGAUCAACCAGGAGCAUGACGAGGUGAAGCGCAGACAGCUGAUGCUAGCGCGAGUUGCAGAGCUGCGGCUGCAGAGCAUGGACGAGAUCAACCAGGUGGCGAAUGAGACGGUGCGCAUCAUUGAGACCGCCACCGUGCCCAUCCUGGGCGUCAACCGCAACGGCCAGAUCAACGGCUGGAACAUGCAGAUUGCCAAGCUCACCGGCAUACCAGCAGUGGAGGAGGCGAUGGGACGGUCGUUUCUGCAGGAGCUGGUGCUUGAGUUGACUCUCGUGCUCCCUCCCCUUCCCUUUCCCCCUUCCUCCUGUGCCCCUCUGCACUGCACUCGCUCUCUCUUGCCCGUUGCAGGUGUACCAGUGGAGGAGGCGAUGGGGCGCUCGUUCCUGCAGGAGCUGGUGGCGGAGGAGAGCAAGGCGGACACACAGAGACUGCUUGUAUCGUCAUUACAAGGCAGGGAAGAAUCGGACGUGGAGAUCCGCCUCAAGGUGUGGCGCAGCGGAGUGCCGGCGGGGGUGCUGAUCAUGCUGGUGAACAGCUGUGCCAACCGGGACAUUCACAACCAGAUCGUGGGCGUGUGCCUCGUGGGGCAGGAUAUCACCACCCAGAAGAUUGUUAUGGAUCGGACAUCACCACUCAAAGGAUCGCCAUGGACCAGCGAGGGGCCUUUUGGUGUUAAUGAAGGGGGCAGGGUGUUGAAAGGCGUUGGUACAUCCGCUGUGAAGGUGACUACCGCACGAGAGUGCAUUCCCCAAACCCCACUCAUCCCGCCCGUAUUCAAAAUGGAUGAGUACGGCAUCUGCAGCGAGUGGAGUGGAACGCCGCUGGGGAUACAUGCGGUGCGAAGGUACAUUCGCUGCGAAGGAGACUACAGAACAAUCGUGCAUUCCCCCAACCCGCUCAUCCCGCCCAUCUUCGGAAUGGACGAGUACGGCAUCUGCAGCGAGUGGAACACGGGCAUGAGCCGCCUCACGGGGCUGGGGCGCGGGGACGUGCUGGGCAGGCUGCUGCUGGGGGAGGUGUUUGGGCUCGACAUGGCCAUGCUGAUGCUGAGGGAUGAGGAUGCCAUGACUGAGCUGGAGAUUGUGGUGAACUGCGCGAUGGAGGGGCAUGAGGACACCAGCAACCACCCGUUUUCGUUCUUUGCAAGAGAUGGCAAGCUGCAGGUGAGAGGGUUGGAGCAGGAGGUGCUGCUAACAGUGAGCAAGCGCACGGACGUGGACGGGCGCAUAACGGGCGUCUUCUGCUUCCUGCACUCCAUGAACCGCGAGGUGCAGGAGGCCCUUAAAGCCCAGGCCGCCGCCGAGACUGCCGCGCAGGCCCGCAUAGCGCAAUCAGACGUGGCCAGAGAAAGCCUCCGGGCGCCCCUUGACGGUCUUGCCUUCAUCCGCCUGUCUCUGCAGCGGUCAGCCAGCCUCUCGCCCGACCAGGUUCAGCUGCUUGAAACCGCCGCUGCGCUGGAAGAGCAGAUGAGAACAAUUCUGGCCGAUAUGGCGGAUUUGAAUGCGGUGGAGGAGGGUUAUUUGGACGUGCAGAGGGUUGAAUUCUCCCUGGUCUCGGUGCUGAACGCAUCGCUAAGCCAGGCGUCGGGAGCAGCAAUCGCCAAGGGGCAACAACUGGUCUGCUCAGUACCCAGCCCUAUGAGAGUGCGAGUAUUCGGCGAUCCCACACGGCUACAACAAGUGCUCGCCACGUGUCUCCGCACGGCUGUCGAGCACACGCCGCCGACUGGUUGGAUCGAGCUGAAGCUAGAAGCGCCGAUGAGAGGAGCGGCUGAUGUGCCGCCUCCGCAGGGGCACCCGUCGGCUGAACGGUUCAGAUUCACCGUCGCACACUCGGGGGAUGGGGUGCCGGGGCCGCUGGUGCAGGUGCUGGUGGGGAGGGGGGGCGUGGCAGCGACGGGGUUGCAGGGCAUGGCGCUGCGGUUGUGUCGGCGUUUGGUGCAUCUUCUGGGGGGUGAAUUGGGUUACGCGUUUGAGAGCGGGCGCUGCUGUUUUAGACUGGACUUGCAGCUGCCUGUGAAGCACAAGGCUGAAGCUACGGCUGGUAGCAGAGCGUGA